UGCCGCUGGGGUAACUCGAACCUCCAGAACUGAGCCUCUACUUUAGUCAAUCCUCUCUGCUCCAGAGAUUCCGUUCUUAUUCACACGACUAGUUCCUUCGAUUUGUUCACACGCCACCGCUAUGACACAUUCUUACUGACGGCUUUGCUCAAAGAGGAUUGACCUUUGAUCUCCCCUAUAAUUUCUGUCAUCACACGUGAAUUCACAGAUAACAUAACCUCAAGAUAUAAAUAAAUAACAUGGACCUUUUCGUUGUAAAUAGGUACGAAGGAGACGACGGGGAAGAUCCCCAGGUAUCUGAAUCUGCUCAUGAUCAUCUCUCAGAGCUUCUCAAAAAGAUAGAACUGAGAAAACGUCAGAAAUCAGAAGUUUCCACUGCGCCGGCAGUCACUCCAGGGGAACCCCCCAAAAAGAAGAAAAAACGAAAAAAAUCGACUCCCAUCACCGACGAAAUUCCACCCCAAUCCCUUCCUUCAGAGUCUUCUGCGAUCACUGAAAAGGAUACACCAGGAAUUUCUGAAGAACAUACCAAAGAAAAACCCAGAGAAACUGACAAUUUUACGAUUCUAGGAGCAACAUCAAAACAGAAGAGACAAGCAGUGAAGAGAGUCCUGCCAAAUUGGCUUGCACAUCCUGAGAUUAUUUCAGCAGAUCUAUCGACUGGUCCCGAGGUUGAGGAGCUUCGAGGAAAGCUUGAUGACAGAUUGAUCGAUCUUUUAAAAACAAAAGGCGUGAGUAGAUUUUUCCCAGUGCAGUCUAGCCUGAUAAAUUGGAUGCUGAAAUGCAGUGAGGACAGAAAAAAGGGCUUCUGGCCUCGAGACACUUGUGUUUCAGCUCCUACAGGAAGUGGAAAGACCUUGGCAUACGUUCUACCUGUAAUUCAACAGUUGAGGAACAGGUUUAUCCAGAGGAUCAGCUGUCUGGUGGUGGUGCCUGUUCAGGAGUUGGCGUUGCAGGUCUAUAAAGUAUUUGAGACGUACGUCUCAACGACCAAUUUGGGUGUGGGACUUGUCUCUGGGGCCAGUUCCUUCGAGGCUGAACAGCAGAGUCUUGUCGAGAGGACUUUGAAGGGGGACUUGGUGAGUCGAGUGGAUAUUAUUGUUGCCACACCUGGCAGGCUUGUCGAUCACAUCGAACAGACCGAGGGGUUUUCCCUCAAGUUUCUCGAAUUUUUGGUCAUUGAUGAAGCGGACAGGGCCACUGACUGGCUCAGGCAUAUACCCAUGCCUCACAGGUGUCCACCACCCCUCACUAUCAGGAACUAUCUGGCUUGUGAAAUUCCUCCAGCCCAGAAAUUGUUAUUCUCAGCAACUUUGUCCCAAGAUCCUGAGAAAUUGAGUCGUUUGGGACUGUUUCAACCAAUUCUCUUCACAUCAGUUGUGAUAACAGACAGAGACGAUGAUGUAGAUCUUGAUAAGGAAACUGGCGAAUUUGUGGGAAAAUACACAAGUCCAAAUGAAUUGAUGGAGCGUGCGGUUGAGUGUGCACCUGAAUACAAACCAGUUGCUCUAGUUAAAUUGAUCACGUCUCGACAGCCAAUUGAGAAGACACUGGUAUUUACCAAUUCUGGUGAGGCUUCCCAUCGACUUGCCGUCCUUUUGAGACUCAUGCUACUGGAUAAAAACGUUGUUGUUGAUGAGUUAUCGGCCAAGUUGUUGCCGAGACAGAGGACUCAGAUGUUGGAGAGAUUUACCCAGGAUAAAAGCCAAAUCUUAGUGAGCUCAGACGCUUUGGCCCGAGGGGUGGACAUAGCAGGAGUUAAAUUAGUCGUAUCCUAUGAUCUACCAAAGCACAUAAAGGGCUACAUUCACAGAGCUGGACGUACUGGACGAGCUGGAUUACCAGGAACUGCUAUUUCAAUACUCACAUCCAAUCAGGUUCCCGUCUUCUCUCGAAUGCUCAGGGCUGCCCACAAAGCAUUACCUCCCAUUGAACAGAUUGAAUCGCUUGAAUCUGUUGCUGAGGCAAUGAAUUAUCAGGUGCAUGUAGAGAAACUCAAGGAAUUUAUUGAGAACGAGAGGACAAAGGAAACCCAACGGAUCAAAGCCAAACAUGAUUAACAACACAAGUGAAGAAGACAUCCCGUCCUUGUGUAACCGUGUGAUUCUCCAAGGGCGCAAGGAACACUGGUAGCACUUCCGGUGGACUCUGACCUAGAAUCAAUCCAAAUGAACAGAAAAACAAUUAAAAUUAUUCUAGCCCGAUAAAAUAUCCAAUUGACUCAGAUUUCUUACUGAAAAAAAAUAACAACAUUCAGCUGAGUGGAUGGGAAUGGAAGGUAUCAGAGCCCUGAAUGCAAUAAAACCGCUGUUUCAUAUGCUUGUGAAAUUCCAUCGGAUUCUUGUAUGCACUCAUCCAAAGAUUGAAGACAGCCACUGCGGGGGUGAACGAAUUGAGAGUAAAAAAACGAGUGAACUAAGAGUGGAAGAGUGUGUGAGCGAUAAAUGGAAAAAUUCUUGACUUGGAAUCGUAAUCCAGGGAGUGAGAUGGAGAAGGGAGGGAAUGUCGUUUCCAUGGGGAGCUUUUAUAGCUUGGCCAGAGGCACGCAAGGAAUUCUAAUUUGGCAGGGCUUCAUCCACUUUCCUCGGGCUCUUAUCGCUUUUUUUUUUCUUACAAUGGUCAUUUUUUUUUCUCUUUCUUUUUCGUUACUCUUUCGACUCUUACCGCACUUGACACUCCCCAGGUGUACACCCCCCUUAUGACGACUAAAUUAAUCCAAGGGGACAAAUAAUUCCGAUGUUUUUACUAUCGAUGCAACACUUGUAAGGAUUUCUUCAAAUUUCAGUCAGAAAAUCCCGUCAAUUUACAAUUAUGUGAGCGGAAAUUGAAUUUCGAUGGAAAAUCUAUUUGUCUCACUAAAUUUCUCAUUUGUCUGGGAAAUUCCCGGGAAUUACGUUUCUUAUAAUGGAAUAAGUAAAUCAUUACAAUUACUAAUUAAAAUUGUUAUGGAAUAAAAUUAACAAAUGAUUAGAAUAUACCAAAAUGAAUAUCUCACAA